UUGGAAUCGGUUCACCUCAAUGGGCGGAAAGUAGCGUUAGUUAAUGUCAGUGCGCGGCGCCGUGGCGUUGGUUUUUAUUUGUCUUAUAAUUAAAUAAAAAAUUAAAAACAACACCAUCAUGUCAGAAGAAAUCGAAGAUUCGAAGCCUGUGGAAACAACCGAGGAGCAAAAGGAAGUGGACAGUGAUGUGAUUUGUCCAGAGAGAGCAGAAGAAGCCAAACUGAAGGCCAGAUACCCGAACCUGCCGGCCAAAGCAGGAGGAUCAGACCUGCUCCGAAAACGACUGCAGAAAGGGCAAAAAUACUUCGACUCGGGCGACUACAACAUGGCAAAGGCGAAGAUCAAGAACAAGCAGCUCCCCUCGGCGCAGACGGAGAAGGCGGAAAUCACCGGCGAUCACAUUCCCACCCCUCAGGAUCUGCCGCAGAGGAAAACCUCGCUGGUGGCCAGCAAGCUGGCGGGCUGAUCAUCUCCGGCGUCGCCUCACCAUCAGCUCGCUCUCGUCCCUCACGUUUAUUCCUCAUUAACACACCAUCCCUCCGUUUAUUUUAAUUUUAUUCUUUUGUUCCUCUUUUUACGUUUCCUUUUACCUACAACGUAUGAAUAUACACUGAAAUAGAGGCGUGCAGGUGCCAGCGUUGGAUCCUGGGUAGUUCUGAGGGAUAUAUUAAGAUUAAGAAGAAAAAAAAAGUCUGUAUGAAGAUUUCUAUAUGUGCUGUAGGAGUAGAUGGAACGUGUACAUAUUUGCUUGCGAGAAACGAGACAGAGGGUUUUUAGAAAGGUUUUAUGUUCUAAUCGCACCAUUCCUGAAGAUCAGCCCCGUAUAGCGCGCUAGUGUGCUUGAGCGAUUCACGAUACCACACUCGAGCCAUGUUCGCAUCUGAGCUUCACACACACUAGUCACGUCAGACACACGUGGCCGCCGUUGGCUCGUUGCCUCUGACCCGUGAGAGAGGUUUUAAUCAUGUUACGGUUGUAAAGCAGCAAUCGUGAACCUGAAGGCUAACGGCUAAUGUGAUUCAAACCGGCGCUCCACGAGUUCCUCCCUGAGGGUCUCCUCUCAGAGGGUCUUCUCAUCAACGAUGCCUCUCCAAGGGUUUUCCUCCUCAAUGUCUCUUGUUUGAUAGUCUCCUCUUUUAGGGUCUCCUCCUCAAUGUAUCUUCUCGGAUGGUCUCCUCACUGAGAGUCUCCUUUUUUUAGGGUCUCCACCUCAAGGUCUCCUCUCCAAUGGUCUCCUCACCCGGUUUCUUGAAGCGAAACACUACAUCCUCUGGUCAUGGGCGUGUCCACCGCAGUCACUUAUGUGCCAUUCGAUUUGUAAAUAAAAUAGUUUUGCAAACCUG